AUGGCGGAGGGAGGUGAAAGUAACCAGCGAUCUUGGUCGCUCAAUCGAGUCACUGGGCCAUCGCUGGACAACAACAAAAAUUGGUAUAUCCUUAGCAAAGAACUUUGUGGAUAUAUACCCAAUUCAUUUGCCAGAAAUGAAGUGUUCACGACUCACUUUCCAAAUGAAAUUGUAAGUGUUGAUCCCCGCGAUCUACGGUGUGCUUCAGUUGGCUGCAAGAUCAAUAGACAGCCGAAGAAGGUGUACGUGGUUUCCUCAUUCGGUCUUGUCUGUGGACUUCUGAGGCAAAAAGAAUUUGCUCAAGAUGGCUUUGUGUUGUCAGCAGAGUUUGCAGACGUAGUUUCAAUCAUAAAUUCCGUGAAGUUUAAUGAAAUUGGCGCCAAAAGCGAGAUCGACGAUUUUGGCGCGCAGUUUCCGAAUGACUCCCAAGAUCUAGAAAAAGAACUCGAACACAGCCGAGGUGUCAUUUCAAGUCUAGAGAACGAUUUGAAACAACUUGAAACCAAGUUAGAACGAAUAAAUUGUCAAAUUUCGUGUGACUCAAGCCCAAACAGCCCGGACAGUGGCAUUGGAUUAAGCAUUGAUGAUAUUAAGAUUAGUCCAAUUGGACCAAUUGGUUACACUCCUGUUAUCCUUACAAAAAAUAGUAUAAAGGCAAUAAGAAGAUUGAUAUUUACCAUUAUAAGAAAGUCAAUGAAUAUAAGGUCAAUGGAAACAGAUUUCUUGGCCUGCUGUGUCGACCUUAAGUCUGUUAUAGUCUGGGCUGUCAGGGAUCAGUGCCUGUUGUCUGAGGUACCGCAAGUACUAGAAUUCAAUAUUAAACUUGAUGGAAGACCUUUAGGAGGUAAAAACCAAACAGCUAUAGGCAUUGCACCUAUCAACUUUGACACGAAAAGUACUCAGAGCAGUUUGUCUGUUUAUCCAAUUGCCAUCGGGAACUGUAAAGAUGAAAGGUGUCAUCUAAAACAGUUAAUUGCAAAACUGAAUGCUGAAAAGAGGGUACUAAAGAAGCAUGGACUGACUAUUGAUGGAAGACACUACAAUUUUAAGUUUACAGUGACUGUUGAUUACAAAGCCCUUUUACAGCUUCUGCCGAAGAAAGAUGAUGAUGACUUUGUUCUUGGUGGGAAAGGAUACAAUGUCGAGUUUUGUGCAUUUUGUGAUGCUGUAAGGGCAUGUACUGAUCAUGGUGCUGAUAAGGAUGAAACAUGUCUCCAGUGUCUUGCAGCAAAAGCAAACAUAGGAAGAAAAGUUGGUAUAAGAGAUGAUUUAAUGCUUCUUCUUGAGGAAGACCUUAGUCAUAUCAACCUCUGCUCUCUUCACUGUGAAAUGAGAAACUUAGAACAAAUUCUUGGGUCUGUUGGACUAUUUGCGGAACGGGUCGGAUGCCUUGACAAUCUCAAUGAGAUGAUUGCAGAUUAUGGGCCAGAGGUGAAGAGGAAUUCAAAACGGAUAACCAUAAAUGAAAGACCUGGCCAGCAAACUGCUAUUGAGAKGCAAAAUGUAAAAGUUGCAUCAUUCUCAGGAUCCACUGAAAGAGCAAUUCUAAAGAAUAUUGAGACAAUUGUUAGACAGGGGCUACCACAUGAAAAGGUUGUAACAUACUAUGGUCAAUGCCCAGAAGCUGCAAAAAAUGUUGUUUUAAAUUAUGUCACUUUYAUGGAAGAGCGGUUAAUGUAUGCUAGUGAUGUACUAAAGAGAGGCACUAUCAUUCGAGAUUUUGGAACACAUCAAGAAGUUGUGGAAAUUGACAAAUGUGGUGAAGUUCAUAAAUUCUUAGUUGAUCUUGAAAAAAACUGGCGUUUAAUGCAAAGAAAGGUGGAAGAGGAAUUCCUAUUGAUAGAGAAUGCAGGGGAAAAAAAC